AUGCAGAGUGAAUACGAAAAUCAGAGGGAGCGACAGACAGGACAGACAAAAGUCUUCGGAAAAUACAGCAUUGUCGCGACUAUCACCAACCCUACUAUCCCCAGGGCCUUGACUGACAGCAACCGUUUGACUGGAAAACACCUAACAGGAAAUGAACAUACCAGGUGGUUAACAUUGUAUGCUCCCAUGGGCAAAUCGAUAUUCCUGCACAUGUCUGUGACCAAUCUCGGCUUCUCCAGGGCAGGAUCCGCCAACGGACCAGAGCUAUGGCUAGCCAUUUUGCUAAGCAGGAGAGCCGAUGUUGGACUAUUUUCGUUUGCUCCUGUAACUCGACAUGUCAGCCAGCUUGUUACGCAGCACAGUGAUCAAGGACUCGAGGAUGCGACAAGCCAUGCAUUGCAGAUGUCGGCCAUGCUUGCAUGCAAUGCACCCCGGUGCAAUAGCAGCGAAUUUUCGGAAGCACAUACCUGGAUAGGAUUCGACUGCGACGGUCAAGCAAGAUCGACUAGGAGGAAUUAG